AUGCCAGACUUUACCGAUAACCUCACGCCUCGCUACGACGGCGCCGCAACGCUACAGGCGGAGCGCAAUGGCUCAGCCAUAGACGCUGAAGAGCUGGCCAAGCAUCUGCUAUCCCGCGAUGGCUUCCUUGAGCGCCAAGCGAAGGUCCUGAAGGUGUUGAGCAAGGAGAAAUUAUUCAGCAAGGAGCAGCAGAUGAAUCUGUCACGGCCCGAAAGAUACCACCUCGGUCUCGCGCGAGCAAAAGCGAUCCAGAGAAUCGUGCGGAGAGAAGGAUGGGACCACGAGGACUACAAGAUUUGCGAGUAUCUCAACGACGAAAUGAGCCCGUAUCACCUGCACAUGACCAUGUUUGUAACGACGAUCCGCGAGCAAGCAUCCGAAUCUCAAAAGCAAUACUGGCUGCCCAAGAUCCUCAACUGGGAUAUCAUUGGCUGCUAUGCCCAAAGCGAGCUGGGCCAUGGCAGCAACGUCCGUGGGAUCGAGACCGUCGCCAAGUGGGAUCCGGUGAAGAAGGAAUUCGAGCUCCACAGCCCGCAUCUGACAGCUAGCAAAUGGUGGAAUGGCGCACUUGGACGAACUGCCACUCAUGCUAUCGUCGUUGCACAGCUGCUAUUGCCCAAGGACGGAGUCAGCCCAACCGUGUACGAGAGUCACGGCCCGCAGACGUUUAUCUGCCAGAUUCGGGAGCACGGGACGCACCAGCCGUUGAAGGGCAUUGCCGUCGGCGAUAUCGGCCCGAAGUACGGGUAUGCGUCCAUGGAUAACGGCUAUAUGUUGUUCGACCACUAUCGAGUGCCUAAGUCGGCGAUGCUGUCGAGGUAUGCUGAAGUCUCCGACGAGACGGGCGCACUUAUGCGGCGCGGUCAUCCAGCCGUCGUAUAUGGCAGUCUUACCUUUGUUCGCGGCCAGAUUAUCAUGCAUGCGCGCCUCGUCUUGGCCCGCGCCGUCACAGUCGCUGUCCGAUACUGCGCCGUUCGGCGGCAAUUCCAUGACCGCGAUUCCCAAAACCCUGCUGAUGACGAGAUGAAAGUGCUCGAUUACCCAACGGUGCAAGUUCGGAUCCUGCCACUCCUUGCUACGGCCUUCGCCCUGCACUAUACGGGCGAGUAUAUGUACAAUCUGUAUCACAAAAGCAGGGAGAGCAUCGAGAAGGGCGACUUCGGGCCCCUUGCUGAGCUGCACAGCGCUAGUAGCGGGCUGAAAAGCCUGUGCACCAUGCUGGCGGCUGAUGGGAUCGAGACGUGCCGCAGGGCGAUGGGCGGACACGGAUUCGGCGGUGGGAGUGGGUUGGUCCAGCUCAAUGCCGAUUAUCUGUCCAAACCGACGGUAGAGGGGGAUAACUGGAUGAUCACGCAGCAGACGGCCGCCCAUCUCAUCAAGAAGAUGACGCAUGCUGUCGAGAACCCCGGCGCAGAGCCGCAGGACCCGACGGAUGAGCUGUUCCACUUUUAUCUCAAGAACCGCCCGCACCGUAUCCCGCAGAACGUCGUCAACCGCGAUGGCAGCAGCAUCAACGACCAAGCACUCGUCGACGUCUUCCAAUGGCGCGCAGCAGACCUCUCCUACCGCGCGUAUCAAGCCCGCAUCCUCGAAAAGAAACCCUGGACAAAACUCAUGAUAAAACUCCACGCCCUCAGCCGCGCCUACUCAGAGCAAAUCCUCGUCACCACCUUCUACAACGCCCUCACCAGCCCCUCCGCAUCCACUCUCUCCCCGCCCACCCCAGAAACCCUCCGCACCUGCUUCCGCCUCUACGCCCUCCACACCCUUGACGCCUCCGCUUCCCAAUUCACCCUCUCGAACGCCGUGUCCCCCACCACGCUCCCGCGCCUCCCCGACGCCCUCCUCGCCCUCCUGUCCGCGCUGCGCCCGCACGCCGUCAAGCUCGUGGACGCGUGGGCGGUGCCGGACUGGCUGCUUGACAGCGCGCUGGGCCGCUACGACGGCAGGGUGUACGAGGCGCUGUUUGACAUGGCGCAUAGGAGGAACCCGCUGAAUCGGACGACGUUCAAUCCGGAUUGGCGGAGCGAGGAGAUUGUGCUGGGGAGUGCGGAUGGGGGAAAGCAUUUGCUGGCGAAGUUGUAG